AUGCAGAACUACCACGGGGAUCCCUACGAGAGCGAACCGCUCGACUCUCAUAAUCGCUACGAUUCCUCUCCCCGAAGACCCAUACCUCCUCCCCAUAGUUAUUCACCUUCGGCUGCCCACUACGACGCUCCCCCGAGAUCAAAUCACCCAAGCGCACAUCCCGAUUCUUCAUACAGCCGUGUACAAGGUGGCUACGACGACUAUUCUUCUCACGGUCGCCCAGUAUCGCCUUCGCCGUACGCUGGAUCCGCUGGAUACGACAGUCCUCGACGACCAUCGCCUCAACAAAACGACCACGGUUAUUACGGCAAUCAAGGCUACAAUAACUACGGAGGUGGCGGCGGCGGCGGACACAUGGGGUAUGAUCACCCAAACUCCCAUACUACACCGGGCGCAGACAAUUUUGGAAUGUCGGCAUCUGGUGGUAUGACCGGAAUUGCUGUUAACGUUGCUGACCGUAAUCCUCGCUACAGCGGAAUAGGCGCAAUGGAACACUCCAACUUGCCCCCGCCUCCAUCGCGGACUCAGCAAAACCCUUAUGGCGGAAAUGGAGGUUACGGUCACGGUUACGAUUCUCCUCGGGGGCCACCAUCAGCUGCAACAUCUCACUUCAACGGUAGCGAUCCCUACAUCGAUAACCCAUACCCGGGAUAUACGAAUUCGCGGCAUGGCAGCGACAAUCUUGGCGUAGUGAAUCCUAACGACAUUAUUGACGAUGGAGACGACGGACUUGUGUAUGGAAAGAGCCAAAGGAACUCAAUGCUUAGCCUUUCCAACUCCGAUCGCGCGAAGAGGGGUGCCUCUGCAACCGCUGCCGCGGUUGGAGGUGGUGCGGCUGCUGGCGGCCUUUUGGGUGGACGAGGCGGAGGCUAUGAGAUGAAUGGGGCACGGGAAAAGCCUUACGGCUAUGGCUCAGACGAUAAGGACACUGGGAGGAGUAAGAGGUGCAAGUGGCUCAUCAUCGUCGUGGUGUUCCUCGUCAUCGUUGGCGCUAUUGUUGGUGGUGUCGUUGGUAGUAUGGUGAACAAUGGCAAGCACGACGACAGUACAUCGAGUUCGGGAGAGUCAGCUAAGGACGACACCAAGAAGAACGGCGAUCUUGGCAAAAAUAGCGCAGAGAUCAAGGAACUUCUCAACAAUCCCGACCUCCACAGAGUCUUUCCCGGCAUGGACUACACCCCUCUCAACUCACAGUAUCCCGACUGUAUGCAUAACCCACCUUCUCAGAACAACAUCACUCGCGACGUGGCCAUUCUGGGUCAGCUUACCAACAAGAUCCGGCUGUACGGAACCGAUUGCAACCAGACGCAGAUGUUAAUUCACGCCAUCGACCGAUUGGAACUCAAGGACACCAAGAUCUGGAUGGGUGUUUGGCUUGACAAGAACGAGACAACCAACGAUCGACAGAUGGCACAAAUGUGGGACAUCCUAGAUGAGUAUGGUGAUGACCCUUUUGAGGGUAUCAUCAUUGCCAACGAAAUCCUCUACCGUGAGGAGAUGAACAUCACCACAUUGGCCAAGAUCUUGGACGACACCCGCACGAAGCUCGACAAGAAGGGCCUCAAGCUCCCUGUUGCUACCUCGGAUUUGGGUGACGACUGGACAUCUGAGCUUGCGACGGACAGUGACUAUAUCAUGGCCAACAUCCAUCCCUUCUUUGCCGGAGUGACGGCAUCCGAGGCUGCCGCUUGGACCUCCAACUUCUGGAAGACCAACAAUGGAGAUUUUUGGAAGACGGACACGAAGAAGAACAUCAUUUCGGAGACAGGCUGGCCUACCGGAGGCGGCACCAACUGUGGCUCAGCCACGACCUGUACCGAGGGAUCAGUUGCCGGUGUUGACGAGCUCAACACCUUCAUGGACGAUUGGGUUUGCCAAUCGCUCAAGAACGGAACCAACUACUUCUGGUUCGAGGCAUUUGACGAGCCUUGGAAGGAGAGAUACAACACCAAGGGCAAGGCGUGGGAAGACAAAUGGGGUCUGUUGACAUCGGACCGCGAGCUCAAGAAGGGAGUCAAGAUUCCCGACUGCGACGGCAAGACGAUCCAGGACUAUAGCAUGUUUUCCUCAUAA